GAAAGAAUGGGGAUGCCAUUGCCAGCUCUAUGACGUUCUUCACUAGUAGACUUUCAGAGAAUCCAAAGGAAAAGAAAUCUCAGUUUCAUCAGUGAAUUGAUCGUUAAAAGUUGCAGCAAUGGAAAGCACCGGCUCAUCGACCAUCUCGCCGCAGCCGAACCUCCCACCGGGCUUCAGGUUCCACCCCACCGAUGAAGAACUAGUCGUCCACUAUCUCAAGAAGAAGUCUAGCUCAGCUCCUCUACCGGUGCCAAUCAUCGCGGAGGUUGAUUUAUACAAGUUUGAUCCAUGGGAAUUACCAGCUAAGGCUACGUUUGGUGAGCAAGAAUGGUACUUCUUUACUCCCAGAGACAGAAAGUAUCUGAACGGAGCAAGGCCUAACAGGGCGGCGACUUCGGGUUAUUGGAAGGUCACCGGAACCGAUAAGCCGGUAUUAAACUCGGGUGGCACUCAAAAGGUCGGUGUGAAGAAAGCACUGGUUUUCUAUGGAGGGAAGCCUCCUAAAGGUAUCAAAACAAAUUGGAUCAUGCAUGAAUAUAGACUUCCUGAUAAGACUAACAACAAACCCCCCGGAUGUGACUUGGGAUACAAGAAAAACUCACUAAGGCUCGAUGAUUGGGUGCUAUGUAGAAUCUAUAAAAAGAAAAACACAAAUAGACCUUUGGACCAUGAUAAAGAUGACUACAUGGAUGACAUGGUUGUACCAGUGCCAACUUCAAUAUCAAUCGGCAGUCUUCAAUUCCAAACGAAGGCCACAAGUUCCGGGACAUUGCUUGAAAAUCAUGAACAUAACCCGUUUGAUGGAAUGCUAAUGAAUUGUUCAAGCUCAAAGUCAGACCUGUCCAUGUUUAACCCUCUCAAAAGAAGUAUGCCAUCGGUUUACUGGACCGAUGAUGAAACAGCCAGUCCUUCAACAAGCAAGAGAUUCCAUGGGGACAAUAGCAAUAACGGAAGCAUGGAGAAACCAGACACAAAUGGCUCAAUUGCAUCCCUGCUUAACCAGCUUCCUCAAACCCCUUCAUCGCAGCAGCAACAACAACAACAAACAAUGAUGGGUUCAAUCGAAGAGGGGAUCUUCAGGCCAUCGUAUCAACUUCUGGGCCUGAACUGGUACACUCUUAAUUGAAUUCUUGUUACACUUGUUGAUUCAGUCACCAAUAUUCGAUGAAUUUGAUUGUUAGGGGAAGAUAGAUGAGCCAAAGUUUCAACUCUUGAGGCCAUAGAUAAUAGGUAAAUUAUAUAUAUAGUUUGGUGUAGAAAAAAUAAAACUUAUGGGUAAUAAUAGUAUAUAUAUAUAUGUAUGUAUUUGAUUUGCUUUAGGAAUGCAACAUUGAAAUCUUGUAUAGAAUCAUUGAUCUCGUAGAACAUUAUUAUUAAUAUAUUGAUGAAUGAUGAU